AUGGGAAUAUUAUCAUUGGUAUCAGGACGACCCGGGCCGAGUGGAUUCGGAUCAGCCUCCACUGCUGAACAAGUGUCUGAAUCAAUUGAUGCUUCUGGUCUCACUGCUAUAAUCACAGGAGGAGCAAGUGGGAUUGGGUUAGAGACAACAAGAGUAUUAACAAUGAGGGGAGCUCAUGUGAUCAUAGCCGCAAGGAACAUCAAGGCUGCAAAUGAAGCCAAACAAGCCAUCCUUAAAAACAACGAAAACGCCAAGAUUGAUGUCCUUGAGCUUGAUCUUUCAUCUCUCAACUCGGUUAACGCCUUUGUUCAUACCUUCAAAGCGCUUAAUCUUCCACUCAACAUCUUGAUAAACAAUGCUGGUGUUAUGUUCUGCCCCUACCAACUAUCACAAGAUGGGAUAGAGAUGCAUUUUGCAACCAAUUAUCUAGGUCAUUUUCACUUGACAAACUUACUACUUGAUAAGAUGAAGGAAACGGCUACAACUACUGGAAUUGAGGGUAGAAUUGUAAUUUUAUCAUCUUUAGCUCAUGCCUACACCUAUGAACAAGGGAUCAGAUUUGAGAAAAUCAAUGAUAAAGAUAGCUAUUCGAAAAAAGCAUACGGGCAGUCCAAGUUAGCCAACAUAUUGCAUGCGAAUGAGCUCACUCGACGCCUAAAGGAAGAAGGGGUAAAUAUUACGGUAAACUCAGUAAACCCAGGGUUUAUAAUGACAGACCUCAUGAGACAUUCGUUCGUGCUUAUGAGAAUUUUCCAGCUGCUCACUUAUCCCAUCUGGCAAACUGUUGUACAGGGUGCAGCAACAAGUUGCUAUGUAGCGUUGCACCCGAACCUAAAAGGGGUGAGUGGGAAAUACUUUAUGUACUGCAAUGAAUAUGCGACAAGCAACCUUGCAACUGAACCCGAAUUGGCCAAGAAGCUCUGGGACUAUAGUCGUAACCUGGUCAAGUCUCUUCGACACUCCUAAUCUUAUUUAUUUUUU